UCCAUUUUCUUUAGACUAAUGUACUCCGCCUUGAAACCCGGCAGUGCCGACACACAACUAUUAUUUUCUCUUAUUUUAUUUCUGACGCAUUUCCCCCCAAAGAAAACAAAAAGUGAACGAUCUUUUCAGAAAGUGAAAUUUGGCUUGAAUUGAGGAAAAUUCGACGCCACGCUUCAGCUGUAAUUGUCAGGAACAGCGCCAAAGGACGUGCUAGAAAAUCCAACAGAAGUAUCACACCACAGUUUCUUUAGGAACUACCAUCAAUGCUUGCCUUUCAUAACCGCGGUAACCUGGGGACUAAAGCAUACUACCAAGAUGGCGGCUGUUUUAAUGUUUUCAAACUUCUUGGCUUAGAAUUGAUUGAUCAAGUCGUCGAGUUUCUUUUGCAAAAGUAACGCCAGCACAAUGUAUCAUCCAUCAAGAGGCGGAGUUCGCGGUGGACAAGAUCAGUUUGAUUGGGAAGAUGUAAAGCUCGACAAGCACCGAGAAAGUUACUUGGGUCAUUCGGUUAAGGCUCCUGUAGGAAGGUGGCAAAAGGGAAAAGAUCUACACUGGUAUACAAAAAGUGGUAAAGGAAACUCAGGAAUGUCAAAGCAAGAGGAAAAAGAUGCAGUUAAGAGAAUGGAAGCUGAAGCACUUGCAAUAGCACUAGGGAGAGGACCAAGCAAGAAAGUAGCAAGUGGUGUUUCAAAACAGGAACUGGCUGAAGUAUGUCGCAAGGGUCAAGUGGAACGUGACUCAAUGGACAUUGAAAGGGUUCAAGGCAUGGGAUUUGGAAGCACAAGAGCUUCUCUUGUAGCUGGGCUGUCUGCACCCAUGAAGGAGACACUGAGUGCCACAGGAUCACAACAGGAAAGACAUGCAGAUCCUGCAACACCAAGCAAUACAAAGGCAGGAGAAGUUUUAAGGAGCGAAAGAGAAGAAGAUCAUACCAGUGAUAAGAUAAAGAGGAAGAAGGAGAAGAAAGAAAAGAAAUCUAAAAAAGAAAAGAAACACAAAAAGAGGAGGCAUGGUGAGAUAGAAAAGAAAAACAAGAAACACCACACUGAAGAAGCUGAUAAUGAGUAUAAGAAAUCUAAACAUUCAAGGAAAAGAACACAUGAUCAUGAUAAAGUUAAUCAAAGUAAUUCUAAGCGAGAGAGACAUGAUUCAUCAUCGUCAGGUAGUGAUUCAUGUGAUAAAAGAGACAGAUAUUCCAGGAGACGACAUGAUUCAUCAGAUGGAGACAUAUCAAGGACAACUACUGCAAGGCACAGAGACAGAGGAGAAGAAAGGCCAGGACGACGUAGACAAAGGCAUGACACUGAGUAAAACAUAUCCUUCUGAUUUAACUACCAAGCUUUUAUUAGGCUCAGCUAGCUAACCAAUUUAGUAUCAUCUACAGCAUCAAGAAAAACUGCACUAAAACACCCUUCAAUCCUUAUACCAGUAAACAGGGUUCAAAAUAAUUUUUCAGCUUCUAACAUGAAUUUGUAAGCUUUUGGCAAGGCUCAUUUUUUUCUUCCCAGCUGUCAAUAUGGUGUACAUAUAGUAUACUUUAAAUUGCUGAAAUAAUUUCAGUAUCAGAAUCUCUAUUUUGAUCAACAUGUUUUGUUGCAGCAAAUCCUAAUCUAACAAUGGGUAGUGAACACCUCAAUCUUUCAGUGGUUGUACAAGCAUGAAAUAUACAACUUGGUCAAGACAAACUGUCGUGCUUCUCCAUUCACAGCUGUGGGAAAUCUGCACUGUCAAGCAUUGACUUUAAUUUGAAUGUAUGAGAAGACUUUACAAACUACAUUAAACAGGAUUUGGCAGAAAAUAAACCUUGAUAAUAGGUAGUAUGUACAUGCAGAAACAUAAACACGGUAAUGUGACGGUGUGCACACAAACUUGCAUGUUACACGUUUGAACAAAUAGGUAGAAAGCUGAAUACUGUAAACAAAAAUACUACCUGUAGCACGCUUUAAAUUUUGAAAGUUAAACCCUGACCAGAACAUAUUUUCUCCCUACUGUUCUCUAAACCUUUUUUUAUGUCUAAGAAUCAAGAAUUUUUCCGGUUGGUGAUCAUUUCCUUUAUUCCCAUGACCCUAAAGUUUGUUUUAGGGGUGAUACUGAUGAGAGAAAUUAGUUGCUAAUCACUCUUAAGGGUUAAAGGGUUAAUGUGUGAUACAGAGGUGAUAUGGAAGAGACAAAUCAGAUGCUAGUCACGCAAGGGUCAAAGAGUUGACUGCCCAGGAUGUUUUCUGUCAUCAACAUUGUUCAAUCAGGACCCCCAGACAACCAUGAAAGUUUUUGUUAAGUAACUAAAUUUGCUUUUUCUGAUCUCCAAACAACUGGAAAAGAUUCACUUUUAUAAAAGUGAUCGCCUGGUUUUAAUCCUCCACUGUAAUUGGGUGCAGGUUCCCAUGGUCUUUCUGCAAAUGUUGCAUCUUCUCCUAGCCAGCGCAUGGCAACCACUUUCCUUCCAUCUGGGUCUGUGCUCUGCUUUGCACCAUGUAAGAUUCGAAAGUGGAAUGCUAAGCAAUCUCCAGGCUGUCAAGUAACGUUAAGUAUACAAAGUUAAAAUCAAAACUUUGGCAGACUAGGGUGUUUUUAAAAAAGCAACUCAUGGCUAGAGAUGACUAAGCUAAAGGAUGUUUUUUUGGGACCAAGAUAGACAAUUUUUCUAAAGGAAACUUGUUUUUUAAUUUUUAGGUUAAACUAAAUGUUAAGAAUCUAGUUUAUUAAUUAGUUGCAAGUUAAAAGUGAAUUACUAGGCUGGCAUUUUGGUAACAGUAUUUCUUACACAUAUAAUAUUAUUUUACAUGCAAACAUGAAUUAUGCUCAUCGUGCAUGCAGGUGCAAGAUUAUCAUUAUCAAAUAAAAGGUUACAAAUUGAAGGGUCACUCAGCUUGAGUGCACACUUAAUCUACCUUUCUAGCUCAUGAAAAGUUUAGCAUCUGAAUCAUUAUGCAGUCUCACCUUUCACUUAGCUGUCAUGUGUUAGGUUCACCACAUGAAACAAUUCUUACAACACUUUAUUCUGAAAGUUUUUCAGUACACAUGUAUAUUAAGUGACCUAAAACAAGUUUGAUUUUUACUUCCCUUUGCUCCAGAUUUAUUAAGGUGCCUUACCCCUUAAAAAUAUAAAAUAAAAUUACAAAUCAAACUACCUAAAAAUCACUUUUUCUUUGAGUUUAUACAAUUCAAAAAAACUGCAAUAAUAACCUUAAGGUCCCAGGAAAGCAAAUUGUAUGCAUCUGGAUGGCUGUC